UUUCGUUCGCGUGUAGUAUGCGCCGCCGUUGCAGAAGCGGAGCGUGCGGAACGGCCGUGUCCCGUUCCCUUGUUUGUGGCGAAAUUUAACUGCACCGAUAACGAUAGCCGAUAAAUUAUUUUUCUCGGGUUAGCUCGUCGCACGGCUGGCGAACUUAGCCGGACUCGGACUCGCCUCUCUUCGGCAACAUAGCGUGUUUCCGCAACUUUCACGGCGAGGCUCGCACGAGGUUCCCAGUGUGUGGCGGCUGCUCCAUGACGGUUGCAUGUCGCGAUCAUAGAAAUCGUUGUCGAUCGUUCGCAGUCUCGUUCGGUUCUAAAACAUGGAAAAAAUCGUGCGGGUCAGGAUCCACCGGAAAGAAGAAGAGAAAGAAGAGUAUGUGGCAGAUGUUGUCGAAGAGAAACUGCGAACGCUCCUCGAAGACGGGGCAAACACUUUCAUGGGCCUGAAGUGGCUUCGGCCGGAAUUGCCGGACUUCUUCGACGAGAAGAAGUUCCUCGACGGGCAGCGGAUGUUUCACAAUAAUGUUUUCACGAUGAUGAUCGCCAAACUUUGCGGCCUGUUGUCCCUAUUUGCUGUACCGUCGAUCAAGAACGUUUUAGCGUUCACCAAACAGAGCGGCACGCCUUGCGCGUCCUUCCACAGAUACGUGUCCACUAUUCUACACACGUGGGCCUGGUAUGGGAAGAGACCUGAAAUUGAGAGACAGUUCCUCGACUCCCUGAAGAUCGUUCGGAAAAAGCACUGCGUGGCUUUUCGUAGAAGCUGCGAGGCGGGGCUGAGCCGUGUCACGCAGCUGGAUAUGGCGUUGGCUCAGUUCGGUUUCAUGGGAUUCACCCUUCUGGCCGGUGACUAUCUCGGGGUGAACAACAGUUCCGAGGAACUCGAGGGACUGAUUCACUUCUGGCGCGUGGUCGGCAGCAUGCUCGGAAUGGAGGACAAAUACAACCUAUGCUCGGGAAGCGUCGAGGAGACCCGCGCCCUUUGCAGACGCGUCCUGGACGACGUGUUCCUGCCGUCUCUUGCCAACGAGAACAAAGAUUUCAACGAGAUGAGCCGCACCCUGAUGAAAGGCCUGUGGCCGAUGACCCCGUACAUGGACCCGGACGCGUUCAUCGCGUUCACCCUGACAUUGGCGUCCGCCAGCGCCACCAACAACAAUCACUCGUUGAAGAUAGACACGUCGCACCUGUCCCGCUACGGCAGAUUCGUCCUGCAUCUUCAGACGAUGGUGCACAAGUACCUGCUGCCGACCACGCACUGGUGGUCCUCGUUCUUCAGGGCGUACUUCAACGGUCAGAUGCGGUUGACCAUGUACCUGAUCGAAAACCUGCCGUUCCUGGCGUUCUGGACCUACGGCAUCAAGAAUUCCUACGUGAACAUCUUCAAGUACCGAGUGAUUUGAACUAGCCGUUACGCGACGCGUCUUACCCCGUUAUAUUUUAUGGAAACGCGUUACGUUUCUCUUCUUACGUUCGUCGUGUUAACGCGCGAAACGCUCGCGCAAACACGCCGGUUCAUUCCGGUGUUUCGAAUAGGCGGGAUUGCCGCGCGAAGCGAAAGGGAAAGAAAGAACGUGAGAACUGUUCGGUUGACACGGUGAUUUAGCACGUUCUUACCUGUUGAUAGUAUCGCGGCGCAGACGGGGAUGCUUGAUUUACCGGCUAAUGCUCCGCUGUUAGUACCUGCGCACCCGGUGAUUCAUUAGGACUGUUUAGCCAUUAAGUUCUUUGUACGUUAUUAAGCUCGUAGAAAGGUUAGGAGUCGACGAGAAGAACGUUUGAACCCUCUGCUAGGCGCACGUGUAUUUAUUUGCGGGCGAAACCGCCUGGACUGAAGUAGCCGAGCCUUGUUUUAUCGUAUCUUGUGGUAUUUUAGUUCGGCGAUAUGCAUUUUAGAAUAUAACGCGCCUAACAGAUGGUUAAUAAAGUGUAUAAAUGGAACUUCUGUUGAGUCGAGAAAGGUGAAAGUUGCAUUGUUCUAGUACAGGCCUAGGGAACAUGUCCGCCGUCGCUUCCACUCGGCGGCAGUCGGUUCCCCCACCACGUCGACCGUCGCGUGCGUGAGCGAGGCGUAGGCGUGGUGGGGGAAGCCUGAAUGUUAUAUUAUAAAAUUAUUAUUAUUAUUAUUGUUAUGUAUUGUUAUAUAUAAUACCAAUAAUGUAUUUUCCGUUUUGUUCGAUUA